CCAGCACCGCGCUACACAUUACAGCUUAUCUCACAACUUGAUAUUGCUCUUUGUUUUAAAUACAGACUUAAACACUGUUGUUUCAACUCAGACUUCUUAAAACAAUGCUGCAUUUGGAUGUAAGGGUCGAUAACAUCACUAAUAGUUAGUGGCGAACACAAGUUUUCAGAUGCUCUUUCAAACUGUGGUCUUACAAUCCCAGAAAAAUUCAACUCCUAGCUGGCAUUAAGGUGUAUCAAGUAAUCUUUCAUUUAAACAUAUUUUUUUUUUCGUAAAAAAUGUUUUGUUGGCAGUAGCUACAUCACACAAUGAAAGACGCAGCGGUCUUAAGGCAUGUCGACCUGUGACAUUAUUGAGCCAGGGUCUCUGAUUCAGUCAUCGUGAGCCGACGAUUAAAUCUAUUACGCAUAGAUGCAUGGUGACAUAUCCUUUCUUGACACCAGAGAAAGUCACAUACUGUACACAAAGAGACCUUGCUGCAUACCCUGCUUCGAUAUCACAGCCACAUACGAUGUCGUUUCAAAGUAUACCACCGCAUAAUGGCAGGUUGUCUAGUCAUGAAAUAAAACUAGCAUCUAAAGGAGAGAUGUCAAUACAACUCAAAGACUCCAUUUAUAAUUUUAGUGAGAGUACCAAUGUUAUUUAUCCAACCGAUGGAUCUAGUCAAUAUUGUCAAGAAAAAACACCAAGUAAAGAAACUUUUGACACUCAAAUAAACCAAAACAUAUUCCCUGUCCCUAAGCAAGACGAUGGUCAACCUAAUAUGGAGGAGGGUAUUUCCUCUAAGGACAAGCAACUAACAGCUACAUUGAAAUGGCUCAGUGAGAACUAUGAACUGGCAGAGGGUGUUUGUUUACCGCGUUGUGUUCUCUACCUUCACUACCUAGACUUUUGUAAGAAACAAGACUUUAAACCUGCAGGGGCAGCAACUUUCGGAAAGUUAAUUCGCCAGAAAUUUAAAUCUAUAACAACCAGAAGAUUGGGGACACGAGGACAGUCGAAGUAUCAUUAUUAUGGUAUCGGUAUCCUAGAGUCUUCUGUCUAUUAUCAGUCUGUAUAUACAGGUAAAGGUUUAACAAGGUUUUCAAGUAUUAAGAUUAAAACUGAGAACUCCAAUAGAAAAUAUUCGCUCAGUUCAAAGACUGGAACAUUAUUACCUGAAUUUCCUAAUGCUCACAAGUUCAAAUUACCAAGUAGUGACAUCACUGAAAAGAUGAACACUUUACUAAUUAUGUAUAGAACACAUUCACAGAGAAUUCUGGAUAGCGUCAUAACAGCGAAUUUUGAAGAGAUACAAAAUUUACUUGUUCAUUUUUGGCAAGGUUUUCCUGAACAUCUUCAAAGCCUUCUUUCUUACCCAGUAACAUGUCACGUGAUUGCAAUAUGUGAUUCCAUUCUGUAUUCGGUCUUAAUAGAUGUUUUAAUACCAAACACAAUACAAGACAUGCCAGAAAAUUUGUUGAUAGACCUUAGAGCAUUUUUAAAAAGUCUUCGACACUGGCUCCAGAAUUCAUUUCACAUUGACACCCCUGAAGAUAUUAAGCAAACUAAAUAUCAAAUUUUGCAACAGUUUCUGCGCAGCAUGGCCAGGCAGCUGGCAUUUAUAAAAAUGGCACAGAUAUGCAGAUGCCAACUGUCCAAUAUUGAACUGACAUACAAGGCUUUGUGUGACCUUGAUCAAAUUGAUUUUGACCAAAUAUGUAUUCUCUCAAAUUUCACAGUACAGGAUACAUCUGUUGUUAAUAAUCAGCUUGCUUGUAGGAUGUUUGAAGAACUAAAGAGUAUACUGCAGAAACAAAGUCAGAUAGAAAGUUACACAGACUGGAUAGACAGUUUAAUUGACAAGUGUGUUUUAAAGGGAAGUGAACAGAAUGCAUUGGAAAUGUUCCAGCAGAGAGCAAGUAAUUUCCUCUUGCAGUGGACAUUGUUUGGAUCUCUUCUGAUGAAAGAGCUUACGUUGAAUAAUUGUCAGACUUUUGCUUUUCUUCAUCUUCUGAAGUUGACAUUAGAUGAAUAUGUUCUGCUUGUUAUAGAAACACAAACUGACAAACAUGCUGAUAACCUGUUACACAAAAACCUGCAGAAAUUUAUGAACAAUGCUGAUGAAAUACAGAUGCAAGCUUCUGUCAGGCCACAAAGGCAUAAUUAUCAAGAAACUGUUAAAUCUAAAAAGUCAGUAAAUGAAGAUAGACAGAGCCCUGAUAAAACUACAGAAAAACAUUGUGAAAACUUUGAAAGACAAUUAUUCACCAGUGAAUUGACAAAUGGGAACACAUUGAAACCAACCAAAGUAAAUAAAGAAAUCACUCAUAAAGAUAAAACAAGCACAUCACCAAGUAAUUUGAAGUGCACAUCUUUAAACUCAAGUUCCCUCCCUUCUAUUGAGCAUUUCCAAUCAUCUGACCACAAUCCAUACAUUCAUGCAUUGACUUACACAGAUUUCAUCAACCAUGCUCCUCAUGGGUCAUUCCAAAGUCUUCAUGACCUUAGCACACCACAGACUUUUCAUACAAGGACAUUGAAUUCUGUGGUCAAUACUUCCUCACAAGCAAGCUACUGGGUUGGGUCAAGCAUCAAUCAUUCAGAUCUGGGUGAUCCAUAUAGUCUUAGCUAUGGUAAUUAUCCAUACUCUUAUAAUACAUUAAUCAGAGAAACAAUGUAUCAGGACAGCUUUGGAAGAGCAAACAAUACUCAAGAUUGUUCAAUGUUAGACAAUUUUUCUAGAACCAACUACUUACUUGAGAAUCUGACAAGACCAACUCUAUGUUUAGAUACAACCAGGCCCACAGUUUACUAUAAAGGUCAAACAGAAAAUAAACAAGUUAAAUCAUUUGUCCCUAUGGAAGCACACAACAACAGACAAAUGGAUGUUACUGGCAGUCAGUAUCUCCAGUCUGAGAGUUUUUACUAUCAGGGGGAUGUAGAAGCACCUUUACCACAUCUCAGCAAGUCAUAUCUUCAGGCCAACGUUAGGAGAUAGCAUGAAGUUAUAAGCAACAUUACUUGUGUUGAUAAUGUGCCUCUAACUGCUAGUGCUUACUUUAGAAAAUAUUACAAGACAAUAAUUUUUUUCUCUCUUAAUAAUAAUUAAAUAAUUAUGUUAUGUUAAUAUCAGUUGGCUUAUUUUUAUGUGCCAAAAUUUUGUUUAGUAAAUAACCUCUAUAGAAUGUAUUGAUUGUAUGAUUGCACUUGUUGAUCAGAUAUUAACUCUCUCUCUGUAAUUAUUUUAUUUUUCCACAUUGUGCCGGAAUUUAUUUUGCUCUUAACUAUUUCACUAUCCUGUUAAGAUAAAGCUUCAAUAACGUUUUUGUUUGUUAUCAGAAAUGUUAUAUUUGGUCUAGAAUUAACGGGGAAUGCAUGCUCUUUCUAUACAACACAAAGUAUAUUCUCCCAUGAUGUAAAAUGUUUGAACUUGUUGCUUUUAUAGAGUUGUCCAAAAGUAGGUGGACAAUAUGUUCAAUAGGAUUCUGUGUUGGCUAUAUUAUGACAAUCAGUAGAGCUGUUAUUUAUGCUCUAUUAUUGGCAAUAUUCUUUCCACUUUUGAACUAAUCUCUAUAUCAUGUGACUUGGUAUUAAUAUCAUCAAAGAAUCACACUGAUAAAAUUAUGAUCAACUUGUAUACCUAGUGAUAUUUUAAAAAUAAAAAAUUCUUUGUAUUUUCUUUUGCUAAUCUUUUAUCUAUGUAUGUAUAAUAUUAAGAUAUAUAUCAAAUUGAGAACAAAAUAAAGAACUAGCAAGAUUAAAAAAAAACAAAAAAAAAACCUGCCAACAGACUGUUUAACUCAGUCUUCUAUUGAUACACUAUUUUGUUUUGUCUUUUGUUCAAACUAUCCAUUUAGUUUUAACUGUUCUUGUGCUUAUAGUAUACAAUAGAAGUUAUGAUGUGAGAUGCCAGGCUCAUUUUGAAGAGAUUAAAAUUUAAGUUAACAUUACAUGUAUUUCAAAAUAAUGCUAAAAUAGAUAUCAAGGGAUACAUAGAUAAAUAAUCAUAAUUGUGUAUAAACUUUCCAAAAAUGAAUAAUGUAUAACGUUGAAUUUGUAAAAGUUUUGUAUUGAGAAAACUUUCCACAUUAGUGACAUAAUUAUGCACAUUUUAAAGAGCUUUCUAAUUUAAGAAUUUAAAUCAUAUGCUGUAAAUAAACAACUUAUAAGAAUGAUACCAGUGUAAUUAACUUAUUUUAUUGCCUAUUUUAGUAAAACACAUUCAAAUUAAAUCAUAACAUUCAAUCAUAUUAACAAAUGCAAAGAAAUGUGUAUUUUUGAUAUUCAUUAAUAUAUAUAUCACAGACAUAAACCAUUCAAUUAUAAUAAAAUGAAGCUUGAAUGAAAAGUGAUGAUAGCCUGCAGAAUGAUACUACAAUUAGUGAGAUUUUUAUAUAGCAUUAUUGUAGUUCUCUUUUAGUGAAUGCUUUUUUUUAUCUUAAUAAAUGCCAAAACUAUAACACCCAGGGAAUUUACAAUUUUGACAGGCCUUGUAGAAGUUACUGAAAAACUUUAGAAUAAAAUAACAGAUUCAGGUUCUUUCUUAUAUUUCUAUUAAGAUAUAAGUGACUUCUAUUAUCAAUGCUGUAAUUGUUUUCUUUUUAAUCUUUGCAUUACUGGAUACAGUCAUCAAAAUUGUCAAUAAACAUGUCCUCAAACACUAUCCACAUAAGCACACUUGGACAGUAAAUAAAAAAGCAAUGACUCCCUUAUUCCAUAAAGAACUUAAACAUUUCCCUUUUCUUUAAGUUUCCUGUUAAGCAGGCAGUUUUUUUUUUUCCCUUCCUUUGGAUGAGUAAAAACAAAAAAGGAUAUUUUAGUAGUUACUCAUCUAAUGAACCAAUAGCUUAAUCUCUAAAUUCUGUGCCCUGUAAAUCUAGUGAGUGAAGACAGGUGUAUUAUUUUACCAAUUACAAUUGAAGGAAAUGACUGGGAAAUGUCAAUAUCUUUAAGAGAAGCUAACCUACACGCCCUACACCUAAAUGUAAACUCUGAGUUAUAAAAAAAAUUCAAGAAUAACAUCUGAUCUUUUAGCAAAUAGAAAAUAUCUUUUCUUUAAUUGCCCUAAACAAAAACAAUUGGUAAAAUAAAUAUUUCUAAUCGUACAGAUUUAUUACAGUGUAGAUCUAUUAUAAAAUUAAUGAUAUGACUGAUCGAAACUAACUGAUACACUUAAUAUAAGCUUUGUUUUUUAAAAAAGUAUUUUUAUGUAUUUUGUUUAUUUAGGGUUAUCAUCACAUAUCUGAAUAAAUAGCAAGAUGUAUGCUGAUGAAGUGGAGAUUGUCAAUGUUAAUUGAACAUUGGCUCUGAGUAGAAGAUACAUUUACACAACAUCAAACAUUUACUCUGCUUACAAGACCUUGGGUGAUUAAAAACGACUGACACUUGCACAAUGACCAAAAAGAGAAAAAACAUUCCUCAUUUAUAUUAUUCUAAUUUGCUUUUGAGUUUGUUUUUCAGUAGUACAGGUAGAAGUGCCACCGCCGCAAAGAGAGCUAAGAGUCCAAUGUUAUACCAAGACAUUGCUUCACUAGUUGAAGACAGUUUGUGAAGAGUGGUUCCAGCUUGUAUAAACACAAAAGAUGGUGGUGCUA